GAUUUCUUGUUUAGAUCACUCGGCUGGUAACAGUAACGAUAAAAACAUAUAUACCUACGAAACUUCCUCCUUUUUUAAGUCGGUUUAAAAUGGCAAAAAAAUUGUUCUAUUUUGAAUUUAAUGGACUAGCAGAAUCUAUAAGAUACAUGUUGUAUUUCAGUGGACAAGAGUUUGAAGAUAUCAGAUACGAUAGAAAAACAUGGCCUAAUAAGGAAGUUAAAGAUUCUCUUCCAUAUGGUCAACUUCCAAUAUACGAAGAAGGCGGCCGCAGACUGAACCAGUCCAUAGCAAUCGCCCGCUACAUCGCCAGCCAGACCAACCUGCUGCCCUCCGACCCCUGGGAACAGGCUGUGUUGGACGCAACAGUUUUAAAUAUCGCUGAUUUUGUAUUGAAAGCACGGUCAUAUAUAACGGAAACUGAUGCAGUGAAGAGAGAACAGCUGAAACAUGAGUUCCUGACAGAAACAGUUGUAUACUAUCUGUCAAGAUUUGAGAAAGAACUCAAAGCUAAUAACGGAUUCUUCGGCGGAAAGCUGUCUUGGGCUGAUUUUCACCUAGUUGGAAUACUUGAGACACUCAAUUUAUAUACAGAAGAAAACAUUGAGAAGAAUUACCCGACCAUUGUAGCUCUCGUCAAUUAUAUCCAUUCUCUGCCUGGGGUCAAGGAGUAUAUUGCUACGCGAAAGUCAUAUGUAGUAUAACUAGCAUCCUAUUCUGUAUUUCUACUUUGAAGAUCUCAAAAUAGAACACUACAAAUAACUACAAA